CCAGCCUCUCGUUCUCUUCCUGUCGCACACUGAUGACGUGUGUAAGAGAGGCGGUGCGGAUUUGCCACGUCGGUCUCUGUGCAGUGUAUUGACAUUGUUGCUUUCCAGCUCGGUGGCUAACUUUUAAACCCAGUUUCUGCUUCGGCCCGGAACUGUGACACCUAUAGCAGCGACCGUGUGGUUCUGGUGGGUCUUCGCAGCAGAGCAGCGGGAGAAAGCAAAGCUGUGAGGCGAAGUGGCUGCGGGGACUAGGUCUGCUUCCAACUGACUGAUGCAUCCUGGUCCAGGUCGAUCCCCCGUCUGUUCCGACGUUGUUGGCCUGUUUGUACAUGGUGGCUAAUCUAGGAGAAACAGAGGAGUCCCAGCGGUUGUUGGUCGGUUGGCGGCGUCCUCAGUUGCCACGGUAACUGGCGACCAUGCCAGGAGGUCGCAGGGGCCCCAGCAGACAGCAGCUGAGUCGCUCUGCUCUGCCGUCCCUGCAGACUCUAGUCGGAGGAAGCCUGGGAAAUGGUACAGGCCUCAGAAACAGGAGCAGUACCUCGGUGGGUCUCUCUGCUCCCCCCAUCUCGGCCCUCAUCACCCCGGAGCCUGUCCGUCACUCGCGGAUCCCUGAGCUGCCGUCGGACAGCAGCCUCCUCUUUGAGUUCCUGCUGUUCCUCUACCUGCUGGUGGCCUUGUUUGUGCAGUACAUCAACAUUUACAGGACGGUGUGGUGGUAUCCAUACAGUCACCCUGCGGCCUCUACCUCACUGAACUUCCAUCUGAUGGACUACCACCUUGCAAUCUUCAUCACUGUCAUGUUGGCGAGGAGGCUGGUGUGGACGAUAGUGUCCGAGGUGUCUCAGAGCAGCGGAGGAUCACUGCUGCGUUACGUGUUCCUUAUCGCGGCUCGGCUCUGCCUGCUGACCAUGUGCGGCUGGGUUCUCUGCUGGACUCUAGUCAACCUCUGCAAAAAUCACUCGGUUUUAAAUCUCCUUUUCCUGGGAUACCCAUUUGGCGUGUACGUCCCUCUCUGCUGCUUCCAUCAGGAGGGAGGUAAAAGUCAGACUGCUGCAGCUGACUGUGACUUCCAGCCCGACCACCAGCAGACCGACCUGGCCGAGGCGCCAUUAUUUCGCCCCCGUGACUUCCUCUUCCUGUUGCGAGAGAACCUCAGAGAGCAGUUUUCCAGCCCGCCACACAUGCCCACACACACCUGCCCGCCUCACACACAUUCACACACCCCCGAGCUGAUUCGGGCCGAGGUGGAGGAGCUGAAGAGUGACUUCAAUCGCCGGAUCAAGGAGGUGCUCUUCAACUCCCUCUUCAGCGCUUACUACGUCGCCUUUCUGCCUUUGUGCUUCGUCAAGAGCACGCAGUACUACGACAUGCGUUGGUCAUGUGAGCACCUUAUUAUGGUGUGGAUCAAUGCAUUCGUGAUGCUGAUGAGUCAGCUGCUGCCUCCCAGCUACUGCGACCUGCUUCACCGCUCGGCGGCUCAUCUGGGCCGCUGGCAGAAACUGGAGCACGGCUCGUACAGCAACGCACCUCAGCACGUGUGGUCAGAGAGCACGAUCUGGCCCCAGGGGGUCCUGGUACGACACAGUCGAUGUCUUUAUAAGGCGGUCGGACCCUACAAUGUGGCCCUGCCCUCUGAUGUUUCCCAUGCAAGGUUUUAUUUCCUGUUUCACAAGCCAUUGCGGAUCUUGAACCUGCUGAUCUGGAUUGAGUCAAGUGUGGUUUUGUAUCAGUUAUACUCUCUGCUGCGGUCUGAGCGCUGGAACCACACCCUGUCUAUGGGCCUUAUUCUGUUCUGCAACUACUACGUCCUUUUCAAACUGCUCCGAGAUCGCAUUGUGCUGGGCAAAGCCUACUCCUUCCCUCUGUCCUUCAGCAGCCUGGGGCUGAAAUCUCAGUAAAGGGAUCCACAGAGCGAGACCUCCCCAAAAGAACUCUGAACCUGCGGGCAAAAAAAGGUUCGAGCUCUGAAAAGGGCUGGAGGAUAGUGGAAGCACUUGCUGCCGGAGGUGAAGGGACAGACUGUGAACUCUGUUUUGAUACGGUUCUAUUUUUAAUGCAAUGUUUAUAUAAACCUAUUUAAAAGAAUAUUUUUAUUUUGUAUACUCUUUGUAGUUACACCGGGCAUUACCACACCGACCACGUGAGCAAGUUGAGUGUUUUUUGUUUUUGUUAUAAGGUGACAGGGAAGUCAGGAAAUGCCAGGAGGUGACUUUCACCAAAGAUAUUUGAGGUGCGGGAGGCCAUCGAUGGAAUCACUGGGCCUCUGACAGUCAGUCCAAAGUCACAGCAGUGGUUGGAUUGGUGCCUGACAUCCUGAAUUCAGAUUUGAUUCAACAACGAAAGCAUCCAUAAUUCAAAUUGAUUCAUUUCAGAUUCUGCAUCAGUUAUUGGAGGUAAAAAAAAAAAAAAUCCCCAUGGUGUGAGAGUCCGGCCGUCACUUACUGAAAUUCACCCUGCAGUUACAGUUGUUGCUGGGCAUCGCGGUGGGUCAGUGGCUGGAGCGGUUGCCUCACGGGAAGAAGGUUCUGUCUUGGACAGAUGGCUUUUGUGUGAAGUUGUUGAAGACAGAAAUUCAGAGCUUCUAGAUUGGGAAUGAAGAUGCCGUUUGGGAAUGUUUUUAGACUCAAGUCAAGACCGUAGACGAAAUCUGAGCAUCGCUGUUGAUAAGUUUAACUGCAAUUCGUUUAACAAGAUAUCCAGAUAAAUAUUUCAAAAGGGCAGCCCCUUGAUGGUUGAUGGACAGUUGGACAGUGCUUGGUCUACGCUCACUGUCCACUUCAUUAAACAUCGUUCCAGUACUGGGUUUGACUUUGUCUCGCGUUCAUGUUUUUGGACACAUUACAUUGCUCUAACCCACAUCACUCACCUGCUCAGACUGUCUUCACGAGGCUCUCUGUUGAAUCUGUCUAAAUGUCUCUGCACAUGUCUACAUUCACCAGUCCAGGCAAUGACUUUCAAUCUCUUAUUGGUUAAUUUUAGUCUGUGUCUCUGUGGUCUAAAGCCCCAGGUUCCUGUCCUUAGCUGCGAGGCGUAGUGAACCAUGUGGUAUCCAGCAGCGUGGCCCACCUGUCUCGAGGUUUGAUCUGUCGUUUCCGUUAAAGACGCUCGUCUCCGUAUCAGUUUACAAAGAAGUGAUUUGUUUUUUCCAUCCGCUUCAGUCAGUCCGAUUGUUGUCCUCAGGAAGCUGUUGCUCAAAUUGUAUAUAUUUUUUUUCUUUCUAUAGACUCUUAAAAAAAUA